AUGGGCAACGCGGGGGGCAGACCCAGCUGCCUGGGGGAGAAAAGCCAGAAGCCGGACGACUUCCUGAAGGACUCCUACCUCAAGGACCUGGGCCUGGCGUCCGGGCGCCCCUCCAGGAGGAACAACGCAGGGGGCCACGGGGGCCCCCCGGAGAAGCCUCCACUCAGCCCCCGGGUGAUCGAGAAUGGCUGGAGCGUGGCGACGCCCAGCAAGAGCCAGCAGGGCAGCCCCCUCCCCAAGCAGAACAACAUGGACGUCAAGGUGCAGAACGGGGGGGCCCUCAGCUGCAGCAACCCCCUCAAGGCCCAGCUGGAGGCGGCAGCGGCGGUGGCGGGGGCUGCCUGGAGUCCCCCCCGGGGGCUGGCGCACGGGAGCGGCUGGGUCUGGAAGCCCCUCACCACCACCGAGGUGACGGAGGUGACGGAGGUGACCGAGACCGUUGUGACUGAGAUCGUGGAGGUGACCGAGUACCCCGGGGGCGACCGGAGCAAAGAGCCCACCGUCACCAGGCGGGUCAAGGUGCUCACGGAGUGCGCAGGAGGAGCCCUGCCAGAGGUUAAUAGACGGGGCGGGGGGAGCCCAGGACGCCCCCAUUCCUCCCCACGUACACAUGCAUUGCUUCCACUCCCUUUGCUGCACUGCGCAGGGGGGGGGGCGGCUGGGAAAGCGGGCUGGAAUCUGGGAGGCCCCUAGUCUGGAUCCCACUUUGGCCCUGGGAGGAAUUGGGGGGGGCAUCUGUGACACACAGAGAGGCACCAGUGCUACCGAAUCCCUGUUGCUGGAGACUGUGUGAGGGGCGAGGUCUCUCACACUCAGAUCCCGCUUGCUGGCUUCCCAUCAGGGCAUCUGGUUGGCCACUGCAAGAACAGGAUGCUGGGCUAGAUGGGGCCUGAUCCUGCAGACUCCACCUAGGUUCUUAUGUCCAUAGAAUGAGGCUGGUCCGCCUUACAAGGUGGUUGUGUGGAUAACGGAGAGAAGAUCAUGUAUGUACAGCUUUUUUUUUACCAGUGUGGAAAAUGAGCAGCUCCACGUGGGGUGAGUCACUCUGGAGCCGGUCGCUCUGCUGCCCAAAAUGUUGGUGCCUGCAGUGAGGCCAGCUGAUGUUCUUCUGCUCCACACCCCUCCCGGGUGCAUGCAGUUUGGGGCCAUUUCCCAGUCGCUUGGGGAGGAGGCUCUGGUUGUCAGAAGCUGCCGGGGGUGCCUGGCCUGGGGGCAGCAUUGGGCGGGUGGGGGCUCUGGGAUACAACAAUCAGCAGGAAGGCGGCUGGAUCCAUCUCUGCAGGCAGGGCCCCAGCAGAGCCACCCCCGGCGCCACACACUUCUCCUUCCCUGCGUAUCCAGAAGGCCACCCUCUGAGCCAGGCAACCAAGGUAGUUCCUGGGGAGGGAGACCCCCCUCCCCAUGCAAAGCUGGUGGUGCUGGUUCCCCUGAAGCUGAGCUCUCCUGCUCCCGUGUGUGUGUGUGUGUGUGUGUGUGUGUGUGUGUGUGCCCGUGCACAUUAGUGGGCAGGCUGCUGCAGGCCCCCUCCCUCCCUCCUGAGUCUGAGGGUGCAAAGCCUCUGCCCUGUGCCUGGUUUUCUCCCGCAGCUCCAGAACAGCCAGAGCUGGGACCCUCUGGAGCCGUGGAGCAGCCCCAGCAGCAAGGUAAGGGCCGGGCAGGGAGGCAGAGCCUGCUCAGUCACGCUCUAGGGCAGGGUAGGGGGCUGGAGGAGGAGGAGGUGGGGCUGGGGUCAUGCAAGUCUGCCUCGCCACCUCCAUGCUCCCACCAGGUGCCAGGAGGCUUUUGCUGUGGGACUGGGGCUCCCCCAAACAGAGCUGCUGCUGGCCUCACUCUGAGCUCACCCUCCUUCCCUCCCCCAGGCAGCUGCUGCCUUCCUAGGAGAGGUGUGGGGCGCAGAGCAGGCCCAGGUGACUCUGAGGAAGCUUCUCUCUUGGGUCAGCGACAUGGAGGAGCUCAUGGCCAACCAGAAGCCCCCAUCCUCCGAAGCCAAAGUGGUGAAGGCGCAGCUGCAGGAGCAGAAGGUGAGCUCUUGCGCAGGCAGCGUGUGGGUGUCGUCACACCUUGGGGUGCCAGGCCUUGGGGAGCAGAGGAGGGUUCCCAAGAUGAUAAAGGGCCUGGAAACUAAUAAACGAAAAUCUGCCCUUAUUCCCUUAUGGGGGACACAAGAGCCCUUAUAGAGUCCUUUGUAGGUUCCCCAUCCGUCAGAGAAAAUAACAGAGGCCAACAGAGAAUAUUGAGAAGCAAAGCAGCUUGUAAGCCUGAUCUUUAUUGAACUGUUGCAACAGGGUCCUCACCACACGCAGGAGGGAGAAGAACCCUGAGCAAUGGUGAGCAAGCCCUUAUACAGACAUUUUAAAUUCUCUGCCCUGGAGCUCCAGACCACCCCUCCAUAACAUCAUACCUACAUCACAGAAAGGGGCGGUCUACAACAGAAAUCUGAGUGCGUUGUUUAUCUCCUGUCUGGCAGGUUACCUCUUAAUGCUCACUUGAUUGGAUACCCUGGGGAGCCUGGCCAGUCUUUUGUGAUGAUAAAUACUUAGUUCCUGAGCCAGGUCACAGGCUCACCCUAUUCAUACACAGACAUACCCUUAAGACAGGAUUUGUGAAGGAAAAGACAAUGGGGAGGCUUUUCCAUUUGACUUUGCAGAGAAAACACCUGGUCAGUUUGGGAGUCAAAAGGGCUUCAUGGCUGCUCCUCUGCACUGCCCCAGACAUGUGGUUUAUAUAUUUAUGUACGUUUUUGCUUGGUACAUUUAUGAACCUUUAUUAUAUACGUAAGACCUUAAUUUUUUAAUAUCAAAAUGAAGAAUCAUGAGGAGGGAGGGAGGGAGGGAGUUGGGCACAAUUCAGCCUGAAGUGGAGAAGACAGAAGGCUCAUCCACACUUGCCUCGAUUCCACACUUUCUAGGCUCAGAUCUGAGCUUUCCACUUCCGGGUCUAAGGGUUGUUGGGGUUUUUUUGUUGUUGUUUUUUGGUCCUGCCGUUCCCCCCAGGAAAAUUCACGUUUAACCCCUGAAUCGGAGCAAACAGCAACAUGCAGAAACCCUGCUUGCCACUUGCUCUGAUUCUGUUGUGAAACCCCAGGGAAACCCUGGGCUUUGCUGGAUGCUCAGUUCCCCUGUCAGUGCACGAAAAAGAGAGAGAAGAGAAGCAGGCAAAAAGCAAAAGCAAAGCAGGUCUUGUGCCUUUGAUAGGUUAUUUGUCGGGACAGAGAGUCAACACACAGGAAAGGAGGAACCCCCCCCCCAAGGGUGUUCUGUAAUUUCCCACCCCUGAGAUGCCAGUGGAUCAUGGACAAAACAUCAAAGGUGCAUCACAAAAUUAGGAGGAGUUACAACUGGUCAAACAGGUCAAAAUUACACCAUGUCCACCGAGGCGUUUUGUGAAUUGCUGGUCUCACACAUUCUGCGUGAGAAUUUACAUUUGGCCUUGAUAUUUCAGUUUUGGCAAGUUCCAAUCCGGUGGCAGUUUGGGAGACUGGCAGAAGGGACACCUUCUAUUCACCAGGCAGCCUGGCAAACAUCACAAGGGAGCUUAUCAGUUUCUGUGACUGAGACAGUUAUUGUCUUGGGAGAAAUCCUGUUUGACUCUUCCUGGGUGGAGUCCCUGCCUAAACCAUCUCACUCUCUGGGGAUUAUGGCAGCAGUGUGCGAUUUAGCAAGUUUAUUUAACAGAAUGAAUCACUUACAAAUCUUUUUGCAAUGCAUUUCAUUUUCUUAGCAAAACAGGGUCAGUUGAUGCUGCUGUGCAAGUUGUUACAUUUGCCAGCGGACAGUCCCACUCAUAAAACAAGUGAUAUCACCUUCUCUUUCCCAAUCCUGGCCAUGAGGGGGCGCUGUAGUGCACUGAUUUUGACACUGGGGGUUAUGGCAGUUUGACCCCUUAAAUCUGACAUUUCUGCAAGGUGUGAUGUUUAUUAGGGGGUUCCCUGCAUUGUUUUUGGGGUGGUGUAUGUGAUGUGGUGCUUUGUGGAUUAGAUGCCUCUAGAUGCCUUUAUGGAUGUGAAUCUGUGGCAAGUGAAGGUGGGGAUUGUGGCUAUGAUGGCAUUGGUGUAACCAUUUUAGCCAAGAUCCCUGCAUUGCUGGGGGUUGGCAUAGAGGACCUUUGUGGUGGUGGUGGUGGGGGCUUCCUACAUCACAUUUCUAUGACUCUGUGAAAAGCAGGACACUUUUGUAAGUUGGCCUCAGAGUUUCCUCUGGGUCUGUGGAAGGAGAAUAGAAAGGAAACCCCACCCCAGAGGAGCCUUUGGCUCUCUGUUUUAAAUGAACAGUGCAAGUAGAAGCUUGUUCUCCUGCGUUUGGGGAGGAGGGGGGCGUGGCUGGCCUGGCCUGGCCUGGGAGUCUCUCUCCACCCCCUGGGCACUUCCAGAGAAAUAGGCAUCAUCUUCCCACAUCUGACUUGGCCAUCUUGGGAGCAGCCACACUUGGCAGCAUGGGAUUACCAGCCUCUGAGCUGCCCAGUCCCUGUGCCCAGUUUGGGGUCUGCAGCUGCCUGCCUUGUGAGGAGGAGGGGGUCCCACGGUCAACGUCUUCUGGGGGGCUCUGCACCCCUCUUGCCCUCUGCAUUCUCACUGCAAGAAGCAAAGCUCAGAGAGAGGGGUCUACUUUUCUCAUGUGAUAAAACUGGAGAGGUUAGAAUGUACAAUUUAAUAAUUAGUUAUUACUUAAAAGUGUUGGAAGAGCUAACUGUAAAGCACAAGGGCUGGACCACAAAAUAAUUGACAGAAUUAAACAAGUGUUAGGGGGAAACCUGUUCUCUGAAGAGGGAUGCCAGAAGGGACACAGGGUCAGCCGCUGAGGCCCCCUCAUGCCCUCCGGAGUUGCUGGCCAUCACUGGACCUUGAAGGAGCAGAUUCGGUCAUUUGACUGUGUGGAGGGUGAAGGAGGACUUUCUUUUGUCUGUCCUGAAUUCCCCACUAUUCAGCUUCACUGGGUGACCCCGUUGAGGUCAAGUAUUACACAAGAGGGAGAGAAACGUCUCUCCGUCCACUUCUCACUUGCUGCCUUUUAUCCCUCGCUGCUCCUGACGCCAAGAACCUCUUCCCCAAAUAGACCACCCUGGGGCCUCUGAAUCGCUUCUCAAAACAGCCUUUCCCAUGGAAGCCAGGUGGAAACUUCCUGUUCAGAGGCAGUCUACCCUUAAAUACCAGGCCAUGGAGAAGGGCUGUUGGAAACAAAGCGAAAUUGGCUUGAUGGGUCUUCUUUGGACUGAUCCGGGUUCUUAUUAAAUGGAAAAGUUCCUCCCAACCCUUGGAGUGGAGCAGGCCAGCUUCUUUUGCACCCAAGGCGGUGCCAGACUCGGUUGUCCUCCCCCCUUGGAGCGUGUCCAUGAAGGGAGCUUGGCAUCACCCUCUACCUUCUCUGACCCCAAACAGCUUCUAAGGCGCCUUCUGGACGAGCGCAGGUCCCAUGUGGAGGGUCUUCUGCAGGAGAGACGGGCACCCUCUGAGCCCCCUGGCACCACAGACGGGCACGGAAAGGACGGAGGCCUUGCCAGCCUCCAGGAGAAGUGGCAGGCGCUAAUCCAGGGGGCAGAAGCCAGGUGAGUCCCUAGAGGGGGAGAGGCCCUUGGUGGGGCUCAGGGGUUGUGCCAAAGGCACCAUAGAAAAUGUGGGUUUGGGGAAGAGAUUUGAAGGCAGGGAGAGAGGCGUUCAGGAAAGCAGGUCCGGGUCUGAUGGGGAGGGCAGUGUGAAAGGGCAAAGCAGGCAAUCCAAGGGGGGCAUUGGUGCAAUUCUCCCCUCACGCACAACAUCACUUUGUCAGUCAGAGAAAUGAACAAAAACAGAGGCAAGGCCACAUAGUAGAAAUCAAGGCUGGCUUUUCUUUUUUGCAUUAAGGUUUUUAUUAAAGCUUUUCAUAAUACAGAAAGAUAUAGAAAACUAAUGCAAAUUUUUAAAACCAGGGGAAAAAAACAGCUAUGGGGGGGGGAGAGAAAGAGAAGGAAGCAGGAAGAAGGAAAGGGAAAGGGAAAAAGAGAAAGCAAGAGAGAAAGAUAAAAAGGAGUUCCAAUUUUCCAUCUGCUGGUUACAUAAAAUUAAAUAACAUUACAACAUUCUGUUAAACAAUAUUUCUUUGAGGUCCACGUUUUUUAAAAAAUGAUUCAUUUCCUUUUCCCCCAAAAAAGAGGGAUUCCCAAAUUAUUGUUAGUAGUAGUAAAUAUCCACUUACGUUUUUUCUUUAAAUAUCAACUUUACCUCCAAUAAUUCCCACCAACAUGCCUCCAUAUUAAUAGUCAAUUAUUCUAUCCUUGCCCAUGAUAAAACCUUUCCACUGGGAACACAUAUUGAAAUAAUAUUCCAUAAUUCAUUUCUUGUUACAUAUCCUUAAAUUCAUGCCCAGUUCAAUAAACUCAAUUUCCACUUCCUGUUGUGUUUACCAUAGCAUUCUCCUCCUCUAGGAUUUUCAUUUACCUUUCUUCCUAUCCUUUUUCCAGAGAGAGAACUAUUAAUUUAGUAGCAUCAUUCUCUGAAUUCGCUCCAAGUUGUAUUCAGAAUGCUUUCUCUCUGCUAGAACUGAGGAAAGAGCUAGGACUGAAGGCUUUUCCGCUUCUGAGCUCCAUCAAUGCCAAAUUCAGAUCAUUUUAUCUUCCCCUUCUCCUCCCAAGUCCUUGUAUCAAAGGCAUUUCCUUUUUUUUUUUUUUUAAAUAAUUUUUUAUUAAGGUUUUAAACGAAGAAAAAAGAAAAACAACACACACACAAAAAAAUACAAAAUUUAACAAUAAAAACACAAAACAUAACAAUUAAAAACAAACUCUCUUUUCCAUUCCCAGUUUUAAAUUACUUAUUUUCUGGACUUCCUCAUACCUCCCUCUUUUGUAUUCCAAUCUGCAUUAUUUGUCCAGCAGUUUCUUUUCCACUUUUUUAAACCCAAUCUUUAAUUUAAUAAAAUAUUAAAAUAUAUAGCUUCAACUUUUUAAACAUAAUCCUUGUUCUUAAUGUCAUAUACCUUUAAAUUUUUCCCUUUUAUUAUCAAAUUUCCAUUUCUUUAAACAUCUUUAAUCUUGAUCUUUAAUCUUAAUCUAUCCUUAACUUUAACCUGUACAGCUGGAAACCACUUAUUUUCAAUCCAACAUCACUCUAACAUUCCUUAAUUUUGCAGUGUUUCUGAAGAUAGUCUUUGAAUUUCUUCCAGUCUUCCUCCAUCGACUCUUCUCCCUGGUCACGGAUUCUGCCAGUCAUUUCCGCCAAUUCCAUAUAGUCCAUAAGUUUCAUCUGCCAUUCCUCCAGCGUGGGAAGUUCUUGUGUCUUCCAAUACUUUGCGAUGAGUAUUCUUGCUGCUGUUGUUGCAUACAUAAAGAAAGUUCUAUCCUUUUUUAACACCAUUUGGCCCACUAUGCCCAGGAGAAAGGCCUCUGGUUUCUUGGGGAAGGUAUACUUAAAUACCUUUUUUAAUUCAUUAUAUAUCAUUUCCCAGAAAGCCUUAAUCUUUGGGCACGUCCACCAAAGGUGAAAAAAUGUACCUUCAGUUUCUUUACAUUUCCAACAUUUGUUAUCGGGCAAGUGAUAGAUUUUCGCAAGCUUGGCUGGGGUUAUGUACCACCUGUAUAUCAUUUUCAUAAUAUUCUCUCUUAAGGCAUUACAUGCCGUAAAUUUCAUACCAGUGGUCCAUAACUGUUCCCAGUCAGCAAACAUAAUGUUAUGUCCUACGUCCUGUGCCCAUUUAAUCAUAGCCGAUUUUACCGUUUCAUCUUGAGUAUUCCAUUUCAGCAGCAAGUUAUACAUUCUUGACAGAUUCUUAGUAUUGGGUUCUAACAAUUCUGUUUCUAAUUUUGAUUUUUCCACCUGGAAGCCAAUUUUCCUGUCUAAUUUAAAUGCCUCCAUUAUUUGAUAAUAAUGAAGCCAGUCUCGCACUUUGUUUUUAGUUUUUCAAAACUCUGCAAUUUCAGUCUAUCUCCGUCUUGUUCCAAAAUUUCCCAAUAUUUCGGCCAUUUGACCUCCAUAUUGACCCUUUUCAAGGCUUUCGCUUCCAUUGGUGACAGCCACCUUGGGGUUUUAUUUUCUAGCAAAUCCUUAUAUCUAAUCCAAACAUUAAAUAAUGCUUUCCUGACAAUGUGGUUUUUAAAUGCUUUGUGUGCUUUGACCUUAUCAUACCAUAAAUAUGCAUGCCAUCCAAAUACAUUAUUGAAACCUUCCAAAUCCAAAAUGUCAGUGUUUUCAAGAAGUAGCCAUUCUUUCAACCAGCAAAAAGCUGCUGAUUCAUAAUAAAGUUUGAGGUCUGGCAGGGCAAAUCCACCUCUUUCCUUUGCAUCUGUUAGUAUUUUAAAUUUUAUUCUAGGUUUCUUGCCCUGCCAGACAAAUUUAGAAAUAUCUUUCUCCCACCUCUUGAAACAGUCCAUUUUGUCCACAAUCUGCAAAGUUUGAAACAAAAACAACAUUCUAGGCAAUACAUUCAUUUUUAUCGCAGCAAUACGGCCUAGCAGUGAAAGCUUCAAGUUUGACCAAAUUUCUAAAUCUUUUUCACUUCUGACCAACAUUUUUCAUAAUUAUCUUUAAAUAAAUUCCCAUUUUUUGCUGUCAUGUUAAUCCCCAGGUAUUUAACUUUCUUAACCACUGUUAACCCUGUCUCAUUCUGAAACCUCUCUCUUUCAAACGGUGUUAAAUUUUUCUCUAAAACCUUGGUUUUUGAUUUGUUCAAUUUAAAUCCUGCCACUUGACCAAAUUCUUGAAUCAGUUCUAAAACCCUUUUUGUACUAGAUUCUGGCUCCUGUAACGUCAAUACUAAGUCAUCUGCAAAUGCUCUCAGUAUCAAAGGCAUUUCCAUUUCACCAUCUGCUUUCUCCAAUUUUGUUUCAACAUCAUCCAGUCCUGCCAGCUUUUCAUAGGUGUUCUCCGUUUUUCACUUCAUAUCUCUCUGAUUCAUUUCUUUCCCCCUUUCAUCAAAUGCUGAUCUGAUCAUUUUUAGUUGUUUGGCCAUCAACUAUUGAACAAUACCAACAGUCACUGGGAUAUCCAAAGGUAUCUUUGCCACGCUGGAUGUGUUUGAUGUUAUUAACAACUCAGCCUCUUUAUAAGUCCCGACUCUACCUUAAAUUUUUUGCCUUAAGAUCACAGUCACAACAAUAAUAUUUUCCCACAGAGGAAAUAAUGGCUGAAUUACUUUCAGUUUCCCAGCAACAUUCAUUUUCGAAAGAAGAAUCAUAGAAUCCUAGAGUUGGAAGAGACCCCAAGGGCCAUCGAGUCCAACCCCCUGCCAAGCAGGAAACACCAUCAGAGCACUCCUGACAUAUGGUUGUCAAGCCUCUGCUUAAAGACCUCCAAAGAAGGAGACUCCACCACACUCCUUGGCAGCAAAUUCCACUGUCGAACAGCUCUUACUGUCAGGAAGUUCUUCCUAAUGUUUAGGUGGAAUCUUCUUUCUUGUAGUUUGGAUCCAUUGCUCCGUGUCUGCUUCUCUGGAGCAGCAGAAAACAACCUUUCUCCCUCCUCUAUGUGACAUCCUUUUAUAUAUUUGAACAUGGCUAUCAUAUCACCCCUUAACCUCCUCUUCUCCAGGCUAAACAUGCCCAGCUCCCUUAGCCGUUCCUCAUAAGGCAUCGUUUCCAGGCCUUUGACCAUUUUGGUUGCCCUCCUCUGGACACGUUCCAGUUUGUCAGUGUCCUUCUUGAACUGUGGUGCCCAGAACUGGACACAGUACUCCAGGUGAGGUCUGACCAGAGCAGAAUACAGUGGCACUAUUACUUCCCUUGAUCUAGAUGCUAUACUCCUAUUGAUGCAGCCCAGCAUUGCAUUGGCUUUUUUCAGCUGCCGCGUCACACUGUUGGCUCAUGUCAAGUUUGUGGUCAACCAAGACUCCUAGAUCCUUUUCACAUGUACUGCUCUCAAGCCAGGUGUCACCCAUCUUGUAUUUGUGCCUCUCAUUUUGUUUGCCCAAGUGCAAUACUUUACAUUUCUCCCUGUUAAAAUUCAUCUUGUUUGUUUUGGCCCAGUUCUCUAAUCUGUCAAGGUCGUUUUGAAGUGUGAUCCUGUCCUCUGGGGUGUUAGCCACCCCUCCCAGUUUGGUGUCAUCUGCAAAUUUGAUCAGGAUGCCCUUGAGUCCAUCAUCCAAGUCGUUGAUAAAGAUGUUGAAUAAGACCGGGCCCAAGACAGAACCCUGUGGCACCCCACUAGUCACUCUUCUCCAGGAUGAAGAGGAACCAUUGAUGAGCACCCUUUGGGUUCGGUCAGUCAGCCAGUUACAAAUCCACUGAGUGGUAGCAUAGUCAAGACCGCAUUUUACCAGCUUCUUUACAAGAAUAUCAUGGAGCACCUUGUCAAAUGCCUUGCUGAAAUCAAGGUAGGCUACAUCCACUGCGUUCCCUUCAUCUACCAGGCUUGUAAUUCUGUCAAAAACGAGAUCAGGUUAGUCUGACAUGACUUCUUUUUCAGAAAUCCAUGCUGACUAUUGGUGAUCACAGCAUUCCUUUCUAGGUGCUCACAGACUGUUUGCUUAAUGAUCUGCUCCAGAAUCUUCCCUGGUAUUGAUGUCAGACUGACUGGGCGGUAAUUAUUUGGGUCCUCUCUUUCCCCUUUUUGAAAAUAGGGACAACAUUUGCCCUCCUCCAGUCUGCCGGGACUUCGCCUGUUCUCCAGGAAUUCUCAAAGAUGACUGCCAGUGGUUCUGAGAUCACAUCUGCCAGUUCUUUUAAUACUCUUGGAUGCAGUUCAUCUGGCCCUGGAGACUUGAAUACAUCUAAACUAGCCAAGUAUUCUUGUACUAUCUCCUUAGUUAUUCUGGGCUGUGUUUCCUCUGCUGAAUCAUUUGCUUCAAAUUCUUCAGGUCGGGCAUUGUUUUCUUUAUCGGAGAAGACUGAGGCAAAGAAGGCAUUGAGGAGUUCAGCCCUUUCUGUGUCCCCUGUUUGCAUUUCACCAUCUUCUCCUCUGAGUGACCCCACUGUUUCUUUGUUCUUCCUUUUGCUACGAACAUACCCAUAAAAGCCUUUUUGUUGCUUUUAACCUCUCUAGCAAGCCUGAGUUCAUUCUGUGCUUUAGCUUUUCUGACUUUGUGUCUACACGUGCUGGCUAUUUGUUUGAAUUCCUCUUUGGUGGUUUCCCCCCCUUUUCCAUUUUUGUACACAUCCUUUUUUAAUCUUAACUCAGUUAAAAGUUCUUUAGAUAGCCACCCUGGCUUCUUUAGGCACCUUCCAUGUUUCCGUCUCAUUGGUAUUGCCUGAAGUUGUGCUUUUACUAUCUCCCUCUUAACAAACUCCCAGCCAUCAUGAACUCCCUUUCCUUUUAGUAUUACUGUCCAUGGGAUCUCACCCAGCACUUCCCUAAGUUUUAUGAAGUCGGCUUUCUUAAAGUCAAGAAAUUGAGUCCUAGUAUGCUUGGCUGCUCCUUUCCGCUGUAUAGUAAACUUCAGAAGAGCACGAUCACUCGCGCCUAAUGAUCCUUCCACUUCUACCCCACUAACCAGGUCAUCAACAUUGGUUAGGACCAGAUCUAAAAUGGCUGUUCCUCUUGUUGCUUCUCCCACUUUCUGGACAAUGAAGUUGUCUGCAAGGCCAGUGAGGAAUCUGUUUGACCUUAUGCUCUUGGCUGAGUUUGACAUCCAACAAAUAUCCGGGUAAUUGAAGUCCCCCAUUACUACUAUCUCCCUUCCUUUUGCAUGCUUGGCCAUCUGUUCCAGGAAGGCAUCAUCUAUGUCCUCCGUUUGGCUUGGGGAUCUAUAGUAAACUCCCACAAUGAGGUCACUGUUAUUCUUCUCUCCCUUGAUUUUGACCCAAAUGCUCUCACUUUGGCUUUGAGGUUCUAAAUCUUGGAUCUCUUCACAGGUAUACACAUCCCUGACAUAUAACGCCACUCCUCCUCCUUUCUUGUCUGGUCUGUUUCUCUGAAAUAGAUUGUAUCCCUCCAUUAUUCCAAUCAUGGGACUUAUCCCACCAGGUUUCAGUGAUGCCUAUUAUGUCAUAUUUAGUUUGCUGUACCAAGAGCUCAAGCUUAAGAAGAAAAAGACUUGUUCGUUUAAUCUUUAUUGCCAACCAUAAAUCAUGCUUUUCACUCUGCUUUAGACACUUUAAUGACCCAUUUUCUUUCCCUUCUUAAAGACAGAAAGCAGCUCUUGCAAAUUUUAGAAUCAGCAGACAGAGAAAUUUCUCUAAAUUAACAGAUGAUCCCAAAUUUUUUUUACAAAGAGAGGCUGCAGGUCUUAUACCCAUAAAGGGUUCUUACAUGGUGUUUGGACACAAUGUCGGUUCCUCAACUCACCUUGACUCAUUGUAGCCCCCAUCUCAGUCCCCAAACACCAACAUCAGAGAACAGCCUUGACCAGAGCAUUUGCGGUUACUCCCUCAAUCCCUCUUUAUCCCAGAGUGAUCUGAUAGCCAGAACUUCAAUCUGAUUACCAUCCAUCACCACGUAAUUAUCUUCUGUCAGCAGAGAGCCAACAGAAAGACGGUCAACCUGCCAUUUCCUCUCCUGGAAAUCCACAAGGCUGGCUUUUCUUUAUUGGUCCAUUUGCAAACAGAGUCUCUCCCCCCAACCAAAUGCAAGGGAGUUGAGAAGCAAAGGUGUGUAGCAUCUUUUAAAACCUCAUAAAGUAUUCGUCUCCCCUUUAAAGAAAGACCACCCCAAAAAAACCACAGAUACAUCACAAAAUGGGUUGCAGAUGUAAAUCAGAUCCUGCUCAGAGUUCAUGUUUUCCAACAUUGACUCCAGAAUCCGUUGACACAGACCUGCUUCACUCAUGCAAAGAUAUCUGCUCCUCUGCUUGGAAACUUAUCAAUACUUGUUAAACCAGUUUCACAGAGGGGAGGCUCAGAAAGGAUGUCCUACUUUGGGAGAGGAGGGGUUUCUGAGGUCAGCUAAGGCCUAAACAUGCCCUCAGUUUUGCUCUCUUGUGAGAGUCUUGUGAGCCUGGUGUGGGGCACAUGCACCCCAUAUGGGUGAUGGUGGGUGUGAAAUUGCACGACAAAGGGAUGAGGCAGCUCUGGGGACCAUUUGCUGCAAGUCAAAGCCUAGUGCCCCUUCCUUGUGCAAAGAGGUGGAUGUGAGGGAGGGCUCUCCCCUGGUGCUCAGCCGCCCCCCCCCCCGCUUUGUCUGGGAAGCGGACUGGAGUUAAACUUCUUAUCCAAAGCAGCUUCACCUCUGAGCUCUUCCUUCCUGUCCUCAGCCAAGUCUCAGAAGUCCUUGGCACCUUCUGCCUCCCCACGUGGAGCCUUCCUGGAACACCACUGUUCCAUCCUGCCCUGGCAUUUGGCUCCCUUCUUGUGUGCCAGAAGCACAAGGAAGAGGCAGCUCAAUCCGUCAGACCAGCCAGGCCACAAGGGCAGGGGGAGGCCUGCUUGCCACGAGCCCUGGACCUGCCUUUUCAUGGCGCUGGUCCUCCUUGCUGCCUGCUGUGGCCGAAAGGCAGCCUUUGCGCAGGGCUGUGUGUCUUCCUGGGUCCGGUGAGCCUGGUGCUGGAGGUUGUUCCCGUCAACAUCUUCCCGCCCUGCCUCUUCUCUCUUCCAACAGGCACAGCUCCCUGGAGCGGAUCCUUCCUGCAGCCCACACCUUCCAGGAGUCUGUCGACGUUUUCCAGGACUGGCUGGCCUCCACAGAGAGGAAGCUGGCUGAGCUGUGGAGAGCCAAUGGGAGCCUCAGCCAGGCGCAGGGAGCCCUUCAGCAAGUCCAGGUAUGGUGGCCUGGGAGGGGGAAGUGGCCUUGGGAGCCUCAAGAGGGAAGGAGACCCAAGUCAGGGUCUUUUCUUGAUUGGUUUUUUAUUGAUUUUCCAUAAAGCUAUGGACAGACAAACCCACAAUUAAUAAAAAUAAAAAUAAAAAUUAUUUAUACCCUGCCCAUCUGGCUGGGUUUCCCCAGCCACUCUCGGCAGCUCACAACAGAAUAAUAAUAAUAAUAAUAAUAAUAAUAAUAAUAAUAGUAAAGUGAUGAAACAUCAAUCCUUAAAAACUUCCCUAAACAGGGCUGCCUUCAGGUGUCUUCUAAAAGUCAGUUGUUUAUUUCCUUGACAUCUGAUGGGAGGGCGUUCCACAGGGUGGGCGCCACCACCAAGAAGGCCCUCUGCCUGGUUCCCUGUAACCUCACUUCUUGCCGGGAGGGAACCGCCAGAAGGCCCUCGGAGCUGGACCUCAGUGUCCGGGCUGGAUGAUGGGGGUGGAGACGCUCCUUCAGGUCUACUGGGCCGAGGCUGUUUACACAAACCAUACACAGAGCAUAUUCAAUAUAAAAAACAAAUUACAGAGAAGCCAUUGCAUGUGACCAAGGUUUUAAGGUGAGUCUAUACAGCCCAGCCACAAUGAGGAGUCUGGAGAGGAGAUUUAUAUCAUCCAAAAAGGAGGCCAGUCUGCGUCAGAGCAGUGGGGUUUGGCUUUCCCCCAGACUGCACGUCUGUGACCAGGUCCCAAGGAGACCCACAAACUCCCCUUUUGCAAACAGACACAGAAGCAUUUCUGCAAGGAUCCGGGCAGCAGCCAGAUGUAAACUGGAGGUGGGUGGAGGAAGGCGUGGUGAGGACAGAAGCCCCCCACCCCUUGACCCCUGGAAGAGUGGCUUCCUCACCCCCUUCAUGCCCACCCUGUUCCUGAGCCCUCUCCUUCCAAGUGCCCCACUGCAGUGGGCAUGGGGCAGACAGGAGGGACUUGUGCUCCAGGAAGCUGAGGCUCUCCAGACCUCACAGGACCAGCAGAGCCGCUUCAGUCGCCUCUUGGCCUCAGCUGGAGGGGGGAGUUUCCAUGUGAAGGAGGGGGGUCUCUUUGCACCAAUUCUGCCUGCUUCUGUCUCCCUCCAGGACCUCUGUGAGGAAAUCCGGUCCAAGACGGCUGACCUGGAACGGGCUCUGGAGCACGGGCAGCGGCUUCUGGAGAUGGUGGCAGGCAAGUGGGGGACGGCAGUGACUUUGGGGCUCCCCCGAAACACCCACCCUCAAGAGAUGACCCUGUGGGGGAGCAGGGCUGGGGGGGCAGCUGGGGGGGGCCUGGCAGCAUCAGAAGGAAAGCCCCCCACAAACAGUGCUCCUCCCAGCAUGGGUCACACCAGUCUGGCUGCACCGAACGGCAGAUAUCAGAUUAGACCAGCGGAGCUUCUUGGGAUGCUCUGCUGUGGGGCAGGAAACGCUUUUCCUCCAGCAGCCCCAAUGGCUCCUCUGGCGUCUCGGCUCCUCCAGGAUUAGGUUCCUGGAAAUGGGCCCUGGGUUCUCCGGGGGGUCGUGGGGCUGGGUGGGGGGUGCAGCUCCUGGGAAUGAGCUUGUGCUGCUGUCGUCCCCCAGGAGAGGAAGCCCAUCUGGCUCAGGAGAAGAUGGACUCCCUGCGGAUGAGGUUCCUCCUCGUGGGCCAGAGCAGCUCUGCCAUCCUGCACCGCCUGGAGCAGACCCUGGAGGCCUCCUGCCGGCUGGGCCCCACCGAGGAGGAUCUGGCCCUGUGGCUGGAGCGCUUGGAGAAGGAGCUGGCGCCGCAGGGGGGCCAGCCAGGGGGUGACGAUGACGGGACCCACCAGCUCAGUGCUGCAGACAGAGAGAAGGUAAUGGGCACUUCAGGGAAGGAGUCAUAGAACUGCAGCGUUGACCCCAAGGCUCAUCCUGUCCAACUCCCUGCAAUGCCAUGUGAGGAGGUCAUGGACACAGAGGGCCUGUUGCCCUAAGGCAAGAUAUUUGGGGUAGGCCAGGAGCGCUUCCCCAGGGGACACCUGACUUGCCUCCUCACUCUCUGCUGCUGAGCUGCCAGAUCUUCCUUGGAGGAGGAGGAGGAGAACUUCUGGAAGAGAAGAAGGACAUGUCUCACCUGUAACCCCCACCCCCACUGUGGGCAGAGAAGGGAACCACCUUGAGUCUUCUUGCCCUCUGUCCCUGCCCAGAGUGGUCUGUCUGCGCCCUCAUCCCAAAGGCCCUCUCUUCGGUCUCAGUUUGAGCAGGUGCUGGGCUCCGAGAUGGACAAGGUGUCCCACCUGAGCACACACCUGGAGGAGCUGGGCCAGGUGCACCUGGAAGCGGAGGCCAUCCAGCAGCAGCUGGCUGAUCUGAAGGUGGGUGUUUGGGGAGAGGGAGGGAGGGAGGGUUGGCUGGGAGCAGCAGGUGGAUCCCUGCCCGGGGGCAGCCCAGUCCUGCAGGGGCACCCUUAGGAGCCUCUCCACGAGGCCAGCACCUAGGGUGUUGCCACAGUGCCUCUGGUCUUGGGAGCUGAGCAGGCCAGUGGAGCACUGGAGGGACUGGGCUCCUCCUCCUUCUCCCCAUUGACUCUCCCUUCCUCCCUGUGGCCCCCAGCUGACUAUGGGAGGAGGGGUCUAACAGCUAAGCCUUCCGCCCCCGUGCGGCAGCUGCUCAGGGCUUGGUGUCUCAACAAAAGAGGUUUAAAGACUGUCUCAAGGCAAAUAUAAAAAAAUGUAGUACAAACACCGACAACUGGGAAACACUGGCCUGCGAGCGCUCCAGUUGGAGAACAGCCUUUACCAAAGGUUUCAUGGACUUUGAAGGCACUCGAACUCAGGACGCAAGGGAGAAACGUGCUAAGAGGAAGGCACACUUGGCAAAUCCAUACCGUGAUCAACUCCCACUGUGGAAGGACGUGUGGAUCCAGAAUUGCCUCCACAGUCUCUUACAGACUCACUGUUAAAACCAUGUUAAUGGAUGACAAUCUUACUCAGUUACGAGGGAUCACCAAAGAAGAAGAAGGUGUCUCACCAGCAGUGGCCAGGCAGGGCACCUCCGAUGGGGAUGGCGUCCAGGGGGAGGGAGAGGCCUGCCCUGCACGCAGGAGCUCCGCCAGGGGCCAAGGACCCCCCUGCUCUCCCCAGGGCCACUCUGGGGGCAACCCUGCCCUGGCAAAACGCAAGGCCCAGUCUUGAUGAUGACUCUCCCCACCUCCCAGCUCCUGUCGGCGGAGAUCUUGCACCACCACGGCCUUGUGGAACGGCUGGUGGCCAUCGCUGACCCACUGCUCAGCCUCUGCCCCCCAGAAGUGCAACAGCAGCUCCAGGUGAGGCCAGUGGGGUGGGGAGGCUCUCUUGACUUGCAAUACCCCUUUCAGCCACUGGGUGUCAGUGGAGGGGCUCUAACCCUUUUGCUUGCCUUCCAAUGCCACUCCAUUAAGGGAGGCAAGUUGGGAGCCGGUUCCAGUUUGUCUGCAGAGCACCUUUUUAGAGCACCUAAAAGCCAAAGAUUUUUGAUGCUUGCCCUUUUGCUUAAAAACAGAGGGCUGGCUAAGAGGCCUGGGUCAGGGGUGGGUGGAGACAAUGUGGGGGCCUUUUUUCCUUCCCCCUCCCAUCAACAGAACUGCAGAGCCUGAUCUGAGAAAGACUGGCCAUGCCUCAGGUGGGGGGUGCCCUCCCUGUCCUCCAAUCUGACCCCCCUUGAUGCCUCGUUUGCCCCACAGCCCUCAGUCCGGCCCCUGCAGGAGCGCUCGGAGCACCUCCUGCGCCAGAGCCUGGCCUGCACCCUGCGCCUGGAGCGUGCCCAGUCUCUGCUGGUGCAGUUUGCUGAAGCCCGUGAGGAGCUGUGCCCGUGGCUGGAGGAGACGCAGCGGGCAGUGGGGCAGUUCUCCCCCGACGGCAUCAGCUGCGAGGCCUUCCGGGAGCACCAGGAGCUGCUGCAGGUGAGGGGGGGGGUCGAGGGAGACUGGAGGGGGGGCUGAGGGUGCCAGGGGAGGCUGAGGGUCCUCUGUCCUCACCGCUUCUCUCUCCCGGCCUGGCACAGGGUCUCCGAGAGGCCAUUGCAGAGCACAAGCCCCUGGUGUCCAAGCUGCAACGGCUGUCGGGGCAGCUGGCUGAGCUCAGUCCACAGGAGGCUGCCCCCUUCCAGCAGGGCUGGCGGGCGGCGGAGGAGCAGUACGGAAGCAUCCGGGAAAGGGUUCGCCAGGCGGCGGCUGUGCUGGAGGAGGCCAUCCCGCGAUACAGCCAGGUGAGCAGCCGGAUGGUCUCUGGGGCAGCAGGCUGUUAGGACGUGUCCUGGGAGACGGGGGCAAUUGGCAGGCCCCCAGCUGGCUCCAGCCCGCCGGCUGGCAGCCGGGCGAACUUCGGUUCUUGGAACAGCAUCAAAACUGCGACUCAAGCCUCAGAGACCUUUAGAUACUGAGCAUACAAGCCAGCAGAGAUAAGAACUCUUUGCAGCAGAAGUAGCGGACAGAGGCAUAUGUAAGCAUAUUUACAAGCGCUUAUUCAGCAUUAGAACAAAGGGAAAACAUGUCUGCUUCCCUUCGUGUCCAAGCAAACAGCAGAGGGGAAAGCAUAUAUAGAUACAACGGAAGUGCCCAGCAAACUAUGCUGGAAGUAAACAGACAUGUGACAUACCACAACUCCACAUGCCUGUUCUAAAGGUGGAACGGAACUAUAUCCUAACAAGGCAUGGCAGCGGUGGGGGGUGGGAACAGACCUGGGCCAGCCACUUCCCUGCUGCCCCGACAGGCCGGCACCUCUGGCCUCACACAGCAGCAACGUCCGGCUUCGGCCAAGUGAGCACCCAGGAAGCUGAGUUGUGAAAGCUUUUCGUUUGUUUGUUGCCUUUCCAUCCCAAGGGGUCCACCGUGGGGCACAUGGUUCUCCUCUUCAUUUUAACCCCACAAGCUGAAACCAAACUAGACUCAACCAAGGCCACCCAGUCAGCUUCGUGGCCAGGUGGGAGGAUUCGAACCCUGCUCUGUCCCAGUCUGACACCCUCCCCUCUCCUCCCCCCGGCUGGCUUAGGUCACAUUAUACUUCUGAAGCAAUGCAGAUACAAAGGGUUUUCCCCUAAGCUAACAAAUCCACGGGGCGAGAUGUACUAGGCACAAUCUCAGUCCAGUGUAAACGGACAGGUGAGUUAUCUGGGCGGCAAACCGUGAGAUGACUUGGAUGGCUUCACCUCCUUCCUCUGCCUGCAUGGUGUGCUUGGAGGGGCCCCCCUCCCACGGGGGAUCCAGGCCUGGCGUCUCUUCAUGGCAAGGAGAUGCCAUCAACCAGCGUCUGGGCUGGAUGAGGCCCGGAGAGGCUGGCUGGGGCUGCUGCAGCCAGGCCAAUGCUAUGGCUCCCGUUGGGACAUUAGGGCGGACCCAUUUUCAGCCAUAAGGGCCACAGGCCUUCUCUUGACCCCCAUGGAGACCCACAGGCGCUCUGGGGCUGAAGGUGCUGCCAGGCUCCAACUCCUGCAGGGCUCUCCCACUCAUGUGCCUCAGUUUCCCCAGAGCCUCGGAUGCUGUCGGCUCCCUUCCAGCUGUGCGCGGCCCACUCUGGGUGGGUCAGUGGGAGGCCGGCGGCUGCCUGUGGGGCUGGGCCAACCCUCUGCUGUGCCCCUGCUUGCAGCUGUCGGAGCGCAUGGAGCUGAUGGUGGAGAGCCUGGAGAGGCUGCAGAGCCGCGCGAGGGACCCCCCUGGGGUGCGGGGAGACUCCGCCUGGCUCCGGGAGCAGAUCCGGGAGAACGGCCUCCGGCUGGCGGAGCUGGAGAAGCUGGGAGUGGCUCUGGAGACCCUCCGCGGGCAGGGGGCUGAGCUGCUGGCCACCAUGCAGGCGAGCGGAAACAGAGGUAGGCACGGCCCCUUCCCCAGCGCCAGACGCAGAAACCCCUCUUCCAAGCAGCUGGCCCCGCUGUGGGGCUGGCCAGAGCCUCUGGGUCUCCUCCUUCCUGCUCCCCCAUUUAGAGGCCAUUGCCCUGAGCACAGCAGGAUCCCUGUGGGCCACAAAUCUGGGUGGUCUAGAGGGCAUGAGCCCCUCUCCUGUUUGGGGCGGGGGAGGCCGGUUUGCCGCCCCCAGGACCCCUCUCUUUUGGCCUUCCCCCCUUGCUGCGGACAGGGAUCCAGGAGCGUGUGGAGCAGCUGCUGAGCCAGUGGAAGGCGCUUUGGGAGCAGAGCGAGGAGCGGGAGAACUGGCUGCAGGGCCUGCUGGUGCUGGCCGACCGCUUCUGGCAGGGCUUCUCGGACCUGGCCGCCACCCUGGGAGACAUCCAGCAGGUGGUGCUGGAGCCGGAGGAGGCUGCCUCGGACCCCACGGCCACCCAGGCCAGGCUUGGGGCCAUGCAGGUACCAGGACAUUGCUCAGCAACCAUCUCCUGCAUCAGCCCCCACCAGGCUCCUUCUCCCAGAGGGAUCCUGGGAACUGCAGGCAGGGGAGGUGUUCCCAUGGCCCCCGCCCACCUGCCCCGUUGGCUUUGCCCUGUGUCCGGCUCCCAGCUCCCGCCGGCAGUGAUUCAGCUUUUGCCGUGCUGCAGCUUCUGUGUGUGAGGAGGCCUCCUGGGGCUGGCUUCAGAGGCGGGACCUUGACCCCAUCACCCCUUCUCCCUCCAGGCCCUGCGAGAAGAGAUCGACUCCCUGCAGAGCGAGCUGGACUCCCUGGGCGUCCUGGGCAUGGAGCUGAUGUCGUCCUGUGGAGAUCUGGACAAACCGGACGUCACCAAGAGCCUAGAUGAUGUGAGCUGGGGAGGGACCCAUCUAAGGCAGGGAAACCCCACAGGGUACGGGCAGUGUGGGCCAUUUGCCAAGGGGCAGCCCCAUUGCCCCAUUGUUGGCCUAGGCACAUAGGAAGCUUCCUCCUCCUGAGCCUGCCCACCGGUCCAUUUCCCUCUGUGUUGCGUGCACUGACUGGCAGCUUCCCCCCAGCAAGAACUGACCCUGUGCACCCUAGAAGGGCUGCCAAGAGCAGCCUGGAUGGAUGAGAAAGCAAAGCUGAGCUGGACAUGUGGUGGCCACUGUAAGAGAUGGAUUGAGGAUUAAAUCUGUAGAUUAGAAUUUAAAUCUCCUAUCCCACAUGUGUGGGAGAAAUACGAAAGGUUAGCGGGCUGUGAAGCUUUUUUAGCAAAGUAAAAACAGUUAUAUAUUUACAGCUUACUAAAACUUAGGAAUUAGGAAUCCCCUUUUAUUGGUGGUCUGCAGUCCUUCCCCCCUCAACCCCAUUGCACAUUAUGAACCACACCUUUUUAGUAAGCUAAACAGAAUUAUUAUUUUUUACUUACAUUUCAAUGCAGGCAGCAAAUACAGCAAAGUAGUAUGCAAAAAAAUCAUUUUUAAGUUACAAUACAGGCAACUCCCCAUUUACACAAAUAUGGACAUGACCACACAUACGUGCACUGUGCUGAACCCAAAAGCGAUCCUCAAACAUCACAAAAAAUGUCACAAAAAGGGGCAGAAUGAGGUGGAAUGGGGUGUUUUCAGGCUUUUUCAAUGGGUGUUCCGACGGGUGUUCCAUUUAUAUGCAAUUGCAUGUAAGCACGUGGUGCCUUGGAACGCAGCCCCCAUGUAAAUGAGGAACUGCCUGUAAAAGAAAGUUGAUAGUCUCCCAGUAGGGUGUCUGGAGCCCCCAGACACAGGUCUGCUUAGCAGAGAGAGAGAGAGUCUCCUCAAAGGUGGAAGGACGUGCAAGGAAUUAACUCCUUUGUUACAGAAUUCCCACCCAAAGGAGGCAAAAGAACCCAUCACACACGGAGGGUCCUCUCUAGGAAGUUUAAGAACUCUCUGUGUAGCCGCCCUGUGCUUGCCUACCAAAACAUGCAUUUGUCAUUUGGCUGUAAAAUCUACAGCUGCCUCUGUACCAAAUCCCAGGGGAUGGGGGGGUGUAAAUACAGAGGACACAAGCACAAAUGGGUGCACUUUAUGGGAUGCAUUUGGGCACAGGGUGCCAGCCUGGCACGGGGUCCCUGUGUGAUGUUGGCCCACCAAAUGUGAAAGACCCUACGGGGGCUGGCCUCCCAAAACCCUGCAGCUUAACCCCCCCUCCCAUAUUUCUCUCACUCCUCUCUCUGCAGCUCUACUCUUCUUGGAACAGCCUGAGCAAGGUGUGGGGCGAACGCCAGACCCGCCUGGAGGAGCAGCUGCAGGCCUCACUCAACUACCAGCAGACCAUGGAGGUGAGGAGGGUCUCUUACUUGGGCACAGGCCAUGCGGUGGACCCCUGGGACAAAAAUACCCACAGCCUUAAUGAGGUGGAUGGGGAGCAACCUGUGGCUGUUGGUCCUUAUAGGGUGAGCUGGAGAGUAUUCCUGGCCCCCUUCCUGUGCCCCCCCUGCUGGUGUUUGAAAUAACUCCUUUGUGGCAAAGGCUUUGGCCCUCACCCCAUAAGCUUCUCCCCUGGCCAAGAGUCAGGUCAACAGGCUCCCUGGCUGGGCUGUUCCCACAGACUGAGCCAGAGUCGGUCUCUGGCAGGCAGCAGCUCACACCCCUCCUGGCCCAGGCAGGUGUCCUGGGGGUGACUCAGUCACCCACAGACUCAGCCACCCACAGAGGGGCUUCUGCUUGGCCCUGGAGCACUUUCUCUCACACACUGCUGCUUCUGCUGUGGCUGCCAGACCUUAUUCCUCUUUGGGACCCCCGCCCCUUUCCGCACUUCCCUAGAGGCUCCUGAGCUGGCUGGAGGCGGCUGAGUUGAAGAUUGCAGAGGAGUUUCUGGUCGGGGGGGAGCUGGACCUGGUCAAGCGGCAGCUUUCAGAGCUCAAGGUAAGGGAGAUGCUCAGAAGAAGUGGAGGAGUGGGCUGUGUGCUCUGGACUCCUUGGUUGUAGUGUGGCAAGGCCACCUGGAAGAGUUUUACCUUUAUGUUUUCUAUAUAACCAUGUAUCCUAAUGAUGCUUAAAUCACUAAGGCUUCAUUAAGGCUAGAAGUGCCUAAAAUCUCAGGAGUCCAGAGUUUCUCUCUGCCCUGUUUCUCUCUGCCCUGCUAUUGUGCUUGCAGGAAACAAUAAGUUUGAUGUGUUGGCAUUUUAUCUAUAGGGAACAUUCCCCAGACUGUUUCUCAUGCUAGGCCAAAAAUGGGGAAACAGGAAGGCGAAUGCCUGCCACAUAAUGUAAUGUUCUAGCCUGAUAACAGAAAGGGGGUGUUCGGUCUUCAGCUGCCAAAGAGGUUUCUUUUCCUCUUUAUUGAUGAAAAUUAGGGCAAAGGCCGUCGGUGAUUUCUUAUGCACAUAUAUGGGAAAAGCAGAAGUCUUCUUUACAUGGGCAUAGGAAGGGCUCUUGUCCCUGCUCAUUGGUUUGAUUUUGCUGCAGUAUAUGAAUAUGUAACGCUUAAUGCUGUUUGUAAUCAGGUAUAUAAAGCCAAAGCCCUAGGGGCUCAGGUACCCAGCUCUGGAAAAUAUUCCACUGGGUCUUGAUUGCUCAGCAAUAAAUUUUGCUUUCUUUUUCUCCACUGCUGCGUCUGUUGAUUCUUGAACACAUUUUGAAUGGGCAACAGGUAUUCCUUAUAUGCUUGCAACCGUAGCUAUGGGGCAGGGUGUACAGUGGGGCAGGCAGUGGAACCCUUCCCUGCACUCCAUGAGCUCCCCCUUUUAACCAGAGAGUGAUUUAGGACUAGAAGGAAAAUCCAUUCCUGGCCACUGUGGAGACCUGGACCAAUCAUCUCUUUCCCACCUGAUGCUGCUGCAAAAGGUGUGCUGGGCAGGUGCCGAGGGACCACCUGGGACGGUUCUCUUGAAUGGAUGUAGAUGAGUAGGAGAGGAUAUAUUAUUUAUUCAUUAACCUUCCUCUUCUUGUGUGAAAAUGCAAAUAUCUAUUUCAGCUGCAUUUUUAAUCACCUUCCAUGUGCAACUUAUCUCUAGAAGCUAUUAGGACAAGGCUGCCUCACCUUCUAGAACAAUGAUAUCCAAGGAUGCUUUAGGCAGACUUGGAUUAUCAUCUCCCUGUUUUACAUUUCCCUCUCAACAAAGGAACCAGACUGUUAAGUAAACAAGAAAAUACAAUGUCUACUCACAUCAACUUCUUGCCAGGGGUCAUCAAUUUCAAUUAUGGAAAUCAGACAUGCAAUAACCCUUAAGUGUUACAAAUAUUCAUAGUCCAGUUCAAAAUGGAGAUUGAUCUCUGGAGGAGAGCAGAAAUAAAUAAAUUGCUCUGUCCCCUCCCCCCCCCCCCAGGAUUUCAAGCGAGAGCUAUACCAGGUCAAGGUGGAUGUAGAAAGCCUGCGGCACCCUGUGAGCCCCAGGGGGGCCAACAUCAAGGGGGCCCCCAGCGCUCUCUGCAGCUUCCGCGACCGCUGGAACUGGCUGGAGGAGGAAAUUGUGAAGCGGCAGGUGAGGAUGACAGGUGGCCAGUGUGACGGCUGGACUAGGGUGCGCAGGGGCUGAGAGAGCAUUUCAGGAGAGAAACCUCCUGUGGCUGGUGGGUGGAGUUGCCCCUUUGCUUGGUCAGGUCUGGGUCUGGGUCUGAGAAAUUGAACAGUGGCCCAGUGGGGAACGGCUUUCCUUUCUCUCUGGGGUGCAGCUUGGCUGUCUUCCUCAACCACCUGUCGAUCUUUCCCCUCUGCUCCUGACCAAGGGCAGCCUGUGCCAAGCCCAGGCCAGCCUCUGCCCCUGAUGGAGGCUGCCCUGCCCCUCUCUCGUCUCCUCCUCAGCAUCGCCUGGAAGCCGCCCUCCUGGGUCUGGGUCAGUUCCAGAACCAGCUGGAGGAGCUCCUGCAGUGGCUCCUUCGCGCCACAGAGCAGCUGGAGGCCCCCACCGCCCUCAGCCUGGACCUGCAGAGCUGUGAGAUUGAGCUGGCAAAGCACAAGGUCAGGAGGGGGGCAGGGGAAGCGAGGGAGGGCCCGGGGGUCCCUGGCACCUUCCCGGGCAAAGCCCACUGAGCCGGCCUUCUUCACCCGGAGCAGGUGCUGCGGAACGAUGUCGUCUCUCGCACCCGGACCGUCCAGUCUGUGAGGGAGGCCGGGGAGGCCCUGGUGCUCUCUGGGGCAGGGGACCCAGUGGAGGGGCUCCAGGGCAGCCUCCAGCAGCUGGGCCAGCGCUGGGACUUCCUCCUGGGCGAGACGGAGAGUCGGCAGCUGGAGUUGGAGAACAACCUCAGCCAGGUAGUUCCACAGGGCAGGGGGCAGGAUGCAGCCCCUCUGGUCAGGCGCAGGGCUCUCUUUGCACCCGCCCUCCAGGAACGGGGGCUUUGGGGGAGAAAUGUGGUGAUGGUGGUCUAUUUCUGUGUUUGUAUUUCCCUACCCUCUGGGUGGCACUGUGGGUUAAACCACAGAGCCUAGGACUUGCCGAUCAGAAGGUCGGCGGUUCGAAUCCCUGUGAUGGAGUGAGCUCCCGUCGCUCGGUCCCUGCUCCUGCCAACCUAGCAGUUCGAAAGCACGAAGUGCAAGUAGAUAAAUAGGUACCGCUCCAGCAGGAAGGUAAACGGCGUUUCCGUGCGCUGCUCUGGUUCGCCAGAAAUGGCUUAAUCAUGCUGGCCACAUGACCCGGAAGCUGUACGCCGGCUCCCUCGGCCAAUAAAGCGAGAUAAGCACCGCAACCCCAGAGUCAUCUGCGACUGGACCUAAUGGUCAGGGGUUCCUUUACCUUUACCCUCUGCUGUUUUUUUUGGGGGGGGUCAUCCCAAAUCCCCUAAGGGAGACACAGGGGAAAGGAACCCCUGCCCCCCGUCUCCCCAUCACUGGGCUGUGGGGACUCUGUCUUUCCAAAGGGCCACCUAGUGGGGUUUGGAGUCUUCUGCCAGUAAGGAAGACUCAGGCUCUGUGACGGGAGAACCACCCUCUGAGGGGCUCAGCUUGGCUUGCUCAGGGCUUCUUCCGCCUGCAGGUGCAGGAUCUGACCUUGGAGAUCACAGAGCUGCUCCGGUGGCUGGAACACGUGGAGCUCCAGCUCUUUUUCUCCAAGCCCGGCUGGGAUCACCCAGAGACCACCAAGGACAAGCUGGCCGCACAUCUGGUGAGUCCCUUCUGUAAUACUACCACUACUAUCUAUUUAUAUUCCGCCUAUCUGACUGGGUUUCCCCAGCCAUAUAUAAAAACACAACCCAACAUCAAACAUUAUGUAGGAGAUGGAUUGAGAGUUAAAUCUGUAUAUUACAAUCUAAACCUCCUAUUACAGGUGUGUGGGAGAAAUGCAAAGAGUAAGUGGCCUGCAAAGCCUAUUUAGCAGAGUAAAACACAUAUAUUUCACAGGAACAAGGCAGUUGCACCUUUUUAUCCCUUUUCCUUGUGGCCUCCUGCCCUGUCCUUCCUCCUAACCCCCGUUGCAGAGAAUGAAUUACAUGUUUUAGUAAGAGAGACAAAAAAGGUUUACUUACAUUUCAGUGCAGGCAGCAUAAGAAAACUUAUUAGGUUCAAAAUACAAAAGUUGGCUUCUACAUGGGCUGUGUGUGUUAGGGGACCCUCAUACCUCUUGCAAAGUCAGAUUGCUGAUCCAUCCAGCUCUUUGCAAGGCCUUUUAUCCCCCGCCCAGACUUGACAGCUCCUUCUGUUUCUUUAUUCCUGCUUCACCUGAAUCAUCGAGACAGAAGGAAGGCAAAGGAGCCACUGCAGAUGCUCACCCCCCCACGCCCCCCACGCCCAGCCCCUCACAUCUGCCCUUCCCUUCUGGCAGGAGUUGUGCCGAGAGAUGGAGUCCAAGCAGCAGACAUACCACAGCGUCCGGGAGCAGCUCCAGCGCCUGCUGGCCACCAGCCACCCCCCGCGGGCUUCCAGCAUGGAGCACAGCCUGAGCAUCCUAGAGCAGAAGUGGGCCAGCGUUGCCAGCCUGGUGCAGGAGCGGAAGGUGAGUGGCGCUGGGAUGAGGCCCAGGGCUGGUCGGCUCCUGGAUUUCGUUGCAAUCCUCUUUUAAUUUGUAUGCUGCCUUUCAAAUUGGGCCAAAUUCAGUUUGCUGAUUUUGACCUCUAAAGCUUUAAGUGGCCGAAGACCGCAGUUCCUCAAGGACCACCUCUUCCCACAUGAACCAAUCCUGAUCCUGCAGUCAUCAUUGGAGGCCCUUUGUGUGUUCCUCUGCUUGAGGUCUGGAGGGUGGCAACACGAGAAGGGGCCUUUUCGGCAGUGGCCCCCCACUUGUGGGAUGCUCUCCCAGGGGUUCACCUUCAUUGCCUGUCUUUAGGUGCCAGGCAAAAACAUUCCUCUUUGCCCAGGCCUUUCUCUAAUUCAGCCUGUCUCAACCUGUGGGUCCCCAGAUGUUGUUGAACUACAACUCCCAUCACCCCUAGCUAGCAAGGCCAGAGCUCAGGGAUGAUGGGAGUUGUAGUCCAACAACAUCUGGGGACCCACCGGUUGAGAACUGUUGCGUCUAAUUGAACAGUCUAUGGCCUUUUGAACUGGGGGAGGGGUAUUUUUUUGUUUGUGGUCUGCAUUUUUGUGUUUUUGUAUUGCAAACUGCCUUGUGAUCCUCAGUUGAGGGGGGUAUAGAAAUUUAAUAAAUAAUGCAUUGCUACACCCGAGGCAGUUUACCAGCAGGAAAAAAACAACAAAAUAUGCAACAAAGAUCACAUGUCCUGUAACAACCUGAUCCAGUGAAAGAAAGUCAUAAUAAAAAAUGUGGCUCUAAACUAAACAGCGUGCAUCAAAUAAAGUAACAUUCAGCGAUCCAUUAGAACACAAUUACAUUCACUCUCAAAAUAGCAGCAAAUAAGCUUUGUGCAGUGGCAGUAUCGUAGCCAAUGAGGUUAAUCCGAGGCACAAUUAUUGCUAAUAAUAAUAAUAAUAAAAUAGCAGCAAAUAAUAAUUAAACAGAAACUCUCAACAAUUAUGAUAAACCAUUCCUAAGGUAGCUAAAUAACGGCAAGCCACAAUACAUAAAAAGCCAUGUAAAGUAUAGAGUCGAGCAGAACUUGCAGAAUGUUUUUUUGAGCAACUAGUCCUCACCCCCAGGAGCAGCUCAGCGAAGGGCUGACGGUCAGCACCGAGUUCCACUCCACGGCCCAGGAGCUGCUGCAGUGGGUGGGGAGGACGGAAGAGGCCCUGGCGGGGCUGCCCCCUCCCAGCUACGUCCUGGAAACCGUCACCAGCCAGAUCCAGGAGCAGAAGGUGAGCUGCCCGCCUGCCGUGGCCUGAGACCCUGUGGUGGGCAGUCCGGGUGGGAGGCGCCUGCACCCUCUCCUGUGGGUGAAGGGCCAGGGGUGCUCAGCUGCCCCACUUCCCCCCUCCCCCCCGCAGGCCCUGGCCAAGGAGACCCAGGCGCAGAGCGAGAAGCUGGCCGGCCUGGAGGCGGUCGCCAUGCGCAUGAAGGGCUUCAGCCGGAAGCAGGACUGCGGCCUCAUCCACAGCCUGGUGCUGACCGCCAGGGAGCGGCUGGCCAAGGUGGCGCAGCAUGUGGGCGAGAGGGGGGGCCAGCUGGAGGAGGCACGCAAGCGCACCAAGCAGGUAUGGCGGUGGCGGGGGGAAUGGCCCUUUGGGGAGCCUCCUGUCUCGUGGGGGGCGGUUGUGGGCACAUGGGGAAAAGCCCCAGCCCUGGCGCUGCUGAGAUGCAGGCGGGUGGGAGGGUGGGCUUCUGGGGGGUGCAUGAGGGGGACUUGACCGCAGCCCCCUCCCCCCCGGCCUGCAGUUCAGUGAGUCUUGGCAGCUGCUCCUGGACUGGCUGGAUGAGGUGGAGCCGGACCUUGAGGGGACCAGCAAUGCUGCUGUGAGCCAGGAAGAGAUCAAGAGCCUCCUGGAGGAACACAAGGUGAGUGCGGCGUGUGGGUGUGAGUGUCCCUUGGAGGCCUCUCUGGAUCCUCCUGACCACAGAGUUGGGAGGGACCCCUAAGGGUCAUCUAGUCCAACUCCCUGCAAUGCAGGAAUCACAACUACUGGCAGCUCCCCGUCUGUGCAGGGGUUGCAUUCCGGGUCAUUGUGAACUUGCAUGAAAUCUCAUAUCUUUGGAUCACCCAUUUUUCAGUAUGAUUGGAAAAGCCUGCAAACACCCUGUUCUGCCCCCUUCUGCCCCCUUUUGUGACUUUUUGGCUCACUUUAGAGUUGCACACAUAUCGCUGCUUAUAAAGCUUCCCUGGCAGGUAGCCCCCCCCCACCUCUGCUUGAUUCCCCGGGUCUUGGGCUGCCCUCUCCUCCGCUGCCCAGCCAGACGCUCAUUGCCUCUCCCUUAUUGGCUACAAAAUUUAGGCCAGGGUGGCCGUUGUGCAUCACGGCUGCCCCACACCAAGGGCGCAAUCAUUGCCUGCUGGCUCAGGCAGGUGGUUCACCUUGCCCGGCGUCCUGGGCUCAUGUCGGGAGGAGGGCUGGGCGAUGUCAGGUUUCCAAACAUUGUGACCUGGCGAUACAUUGCGUUGUUCAAGACUCUGCUUCCCACCACAGCACUGUGAGGCGUUGGGGUCCUCACCACGCCAGGGAGGAAGCAGCUCUGCGCUCCCCACCUAAGGGGGGCCCAAUGCUUCUUUGGCUUGCGCACGAGCAGCAGACGGAUCGGGGCUGCUCAGCUGGGGAGCAUGAAGCUUCUCGCCUGCCAGCUAAGGGAGCUCCGAUGCUUCUCUGAUUUGCAAGUGAGCUGGAGAAGCAUUGGGGCUCCCUCUGCUGAGGGCAGGAGGACUUUUACGGAGCCCCCGCCCCCCUGCUGGCUCACACAAUACAGCGAUGGGCUGGAGGCUCCGUUAACUGCUUGGCUGACAGGAGCAGCAACCAUGUGCCUCUCAGCAGAGCAGUAUUAUGGAGCCCCCACCCGGCCCCCAGCUCAUGCAAGCCAUUGGCAGUUUGGAGGCUCCUUAAAACUGCCUGGCUGAGACAAGGGCAGCCAUGUGCUCCUCCGCCAAGCUGCUUAAAGAAGCAGAGGGAGGAACAAGCUAUAUUGGCGCCUCCCGGGUGCAGCCUGUUUCGCCUUCUGCCAGGAUGAGGGCAGAGUGGAAUGGCAGCUUCACUCAGCACUAUAAUCGCUGGUGAAACUGCUGCCACUCCUGAGUCCCUCUGCCACCAGCAGCCACUGGAAGGAAUCAAGAGCGGUGGCGCUUUCAUCCAAGAUAUACCGCUGAGUGAAGCCACCAUCACGGUCUGCCCCUCAGACCUGUCCUGGGCGAUAUAGUGAUACAUUGCCCAGGCCUAGUCAGGAAUGGGAAGGGAGCCUGGCCGGACUCAUGUCAAAACCCACCUUGGCCCCAGCUGUCCUUGGGAGCAGUUGUGGCCCACCUCGCAGGAGUGCACUCGUGAAGCCAUAUCUACUCUCAUGGUCAAGGAGUUACCUUCCCACUGGCAUUUCAAGGAGCAACAAGGGCUCUUUUUUGAGGAGGGGUGUGCUCUGUGUCCCUCCCUGCUCUCCUGACUGGGCCCUUUGCCCUCUCUUGCCCCCCCUGCAGGAGUUCCAGAAGGGGCUGCGUGCCAAGCGCCCGGUCUAUGAGGCCACCUUGCGGAGUGGGCGCCUUCUCCGGGAGAAGGCCCUGCUGCCUGACGACACCCAAACCCUGGAGGAGAUGCUGGGGGAGCUGAGAGGCCAGUGGGAGGCCAUCUGUGGCCGGGCGGCUGAGAGGUGGGUAUGCAUUUGGGGGUGGAGCUGGGGCUUUGGGCCAGACAAUUAUGAUGGCCAAGGAUGCUUUAGGCAGACUUGGAUUAUCUUCUCCUUGUUUUAUGUUUCCCUCUAAACAAAGAAAUCACUUUCACACGGUUUAAUAAACAAGAAAACACAAGCUUUACUCACGUCAAAAGUCUUGCCAGGGUUCAAUGCUUACAGUGAUGAAAAUCAGGCAGGCAAUAAUCCUUAACAGUCCAAUUCAAAAUGGUGUUCUUUGUCUGGUGGAGAGCUUACUGAUAUCCUGCCCCAUCACAGGUAAGAAGAAGAGUGAGCUGUGACAGGAAGAUUACGUUUUCUGUUGUUCCCUCUCCCACCACAAACUUUAGAGGCUAUGAGAUCAUGCAGUCCUGUUUUUGUGAAUCUCCAGCAAUCAUGCAUUUGUGAUUUGGCUGCUGAUGAAACCUCCCCUGUUAGAUUACUGGUUCAUCUUGCUCAGUAUCGUUGGUGCUGGCAGGCAGCCAUAGCUCUCCCGGUUUUGAGGGUGGGGUCUCUCCAAGCCCCACAUGGAGCUGCUCCCAUUGGAAAUGGAACCUGAGGCCUUCUGCAUGGAAAGCGGGGGGGGGCUCCCCCUCAUCCACCCCCUUCCCACUGGCCAGAAUCUGCUGGCCCCUUGACCUUGGGCCGCCUUUCUCUUUUCCAGGCAGCGCAAGCUGGAGGAAGGUCUGCUCUUCUCAGGCCGCUUCACAGAUGCCCUGCAGACCCUCAUGGACUGGCUGUACCGGGCUGAGCCCCAGCUGGCCGAGGAGACCCCCGUGGGUGGGGACAGGGACCUGGUCAGUGCCCUCAUGGACAAGCACAAGGUCUGUGGGGGGUCUGCAGCGGAGUCGCUCCACUUUGGGCUGGGGGCACAGGCGUGCCUAGACCCCUUGGUGGGGUGGUGGGCUUGCAGUGUCCAGGAGCAGCCGCUGGAUGUGCCUGCCCCACCCUCCCUUCGCAGGUCUUCCAGAAGGAGCUGGGCCAGAGAGCCAGCUGCAUCAAGGCGCUGAGGCGCUCCCUGCGGGAUCUGAUGCGCGGCAGCAGCGGUGGCGCCGGAGACUCCCAGUGGCUCCAGAGCCAAGUGGAAGAGCUCAGCCACCGCUGGGAGAUCGUCUGCCAACUCUCUGUCUCCAAGCAGGACCGGCUAGAGGCUGCCCUGCGGCAGGCAAGUGGGGCGAGCUGAGGAGGAGGAGGAGGAGGAGGGUUCUGGUGAGCCAUGAAGCCAUGGCAGGCGGGCAGGAGAUGGGCAAAGGGGGUCCUGGGUUGCUGUCUCUCCUCUCAGGCCCAGGCGGGGCUGUUCCCCAUGGUCAGGAGCAGGCUACCUGGGCCCACACCAAGCCCCCUUACUGUGGAGCCCACACCAAGCCCCCUUACUCUGGAGGGUGUGGGCUGCUGGCUCUGAGCUGCUCUCGCUUAGCCACCUUUCAGGAGCAGGGACGGAAGGAGCUCUUGGUGUUGUGGGACCUGGCAAAGGGUUCUGGGCAAGGCGAGGUCUCUGCCUCCCUGGGGCUCCGUCUUGCUCAAGCAGCCCAAUCGCUCUCCGGCCGGCCUCGGGCUCAGACCAGCCAUGAUCAAAGGCUCAGGGAGGGCCAGGAUCCUCAGAGUCUCAGAGGCUGGUAGGCACUUGCAUGGUGGCGAAGCUUUUUCGUUGACACAACAAAGCAGAGACACAUAUAUUUGAGAAAAACAAAGCUACAGUUGAGAAUGAACUGGAUGUUGGUUUUGUGGGAGAAUUGGUGCUUAGGACCCUCAGGAUGGAAAGCGCUUGGAAGGAGCCACUGAAGGAGGGCUACUGGAGAAGCCACAGCAUCAGGGUCCUCCCUCUGGUCAGGCCUGGGAAGCCACCCCAGGAUCUUUGGGGGAAGGGGGGGGGGAGGAAAGCGACCUGAACCCUUCUCUGCCAGUCACCAUUCUGGCUGCUGCCAAUGGCUCCCCCGUUGCUUCUCUACCUGCCCCCAUGCACCCCUGCCUUUGCUGGGACACCCACUCCUCUAUGCAGGCGUAAUGGCUGGGUGGGGCUGGAGGAGCUUUUCCUUGGGGGGGGCACCAGCCCUGCCCAGAUGGGUCUCCCCGCUGUGAUGCCAACCUCUUGUUCCUUCCAGGCCGAGGAGUUCCAUGCCCUGGUGAACUCCUUCCUGGGGCGCCUGACUGAGCUGGAGAAGUCCAUCAAGUUUGGUGCCCUUCCGUCAGAGGAGGCUGCUGUGCAGGAGUGCCAGAGCCAGCUGCAGGUGGGCAGCCCUUGGGGGAGGGGAGGCAGCCCCUUCCCCACCCCCUUUUCCUUGGAUGGAAUUAGAUGAAUAGGAGGGAAUAUUUAUUAGUAACAAUCCUUCCUCUUGAGAAAGCAAACAUCGGUUUCAGCACUAUCUGUGCACAGUUUAUCUCUAGAAGCUGCUGGGACAAGGCUACAUAACCUUCUAGAACAAUUAUGUUACCCAAGGUUGCUUUAGGCAGAUUUGGAUUAUUUUCUCCUCAUUUUAUGUUUCCCUCUUAACGAAGAAAUCACUCUCAAACUGUUUAAUAAAUAAGAAAAUACAUUUACUCACAUCCAAGUCUUGCCAGGAUUCUACGAAUACUGUGAUGAAAAUCAGGCAGGCAAUAAUCCUUAAAUGCUACAAAAAACCAUAGUCUGGUUCAAAAUGGAGAGAGCAAAGAAACGUCUUCCCCCAUUGCAGGUAGAAAAAAAGAACGUGUAGUGACAGGAAGAAGCAAAGAUUAAGUUUCCAUUGUUCUCCUUCCCACCACAAAGGUUUAGAGGAUUUGACAUCCCAGAGUCCCCUGUUUGUGACUCUCCAGCCAUCAUUCAAUCUGUGAUUUGGCUGCAGAGCCUCCCACAGAAACAGGCCCCAUCCCGCCGUGCCCAGAGGAGGAGCCUGUCCCAGGUUGCAUCCAGCUGCUGGCUGGAUGGCGCUGAGCGCCCCUCCGCUCUGCUUGCAGGAUCUGAGGCAGAGCCUCCAGUGCCAGCAGCUGCAGCUGGAGUGCAUCAGCUCCCUGGGAGAGGAGAUCCUCAGCACCUCCCACCCGGACUCUGUCAUCACCAUCCGGUCGUGGGUCACUGUCGCCAGGAGUCGCUUCGAGGAGGUGAGGGUGGCGCCCGCAGGGCGAGGGCAGAGGGGGUGUGGUUGGAGUGUCAGACUAGGACCUGGCAGAGACCAGGGUUCAAAUUCUCCCACUCGGUCAUUAAGCUGUUCCUGGGUGUGACCUUGGGGGACAAUUCAUACCUCUCUCUCCCUUACCUACCUCACAGGGUCGUUGUGGGAAUUAAAUGUUGGCGGGGGGCUGGAACCAUGUAUUUCACCUUCCGCUCCUGGGAGAAAAAGGUGCCAGUCAAAAGCAACGAGUGAAUGAGAUACGGGUAGAGGAGGGAUGGCAGCCUCCAGCCGCAGCAUUGAAUCAGGGCAGAAACACACAACCUUGUGGCUACGGACGUGCAACCAGUUCCAGCUGCUGGAGGGGCAGGGGGUGUCUCUUCAAAACCUCCCUAAAAGGGGGCCUGGCUUGAGCUGUGCCACCUCCCACUCUUUCGGGACCAGCAGGGGAGGAGAGGGGAGGCUAAGGGAGGCAGGCCCAGGCUGAGUGCCAGUCCCCCUCCGGCCUGCCCAGGACCCCCUGGCGCCAGCCCCUCUGUGUCCCGCAGGUGCUAAGCUGGGCCCAGCAGCAGGAGGAGCGGCUGCAGGUGCAGGCGGCCUCUCUGGCCACGGAGCGGGAGGAAGUGGCGCGGCUCAUGGACUGGAUCACGGCCGCUGAGGAAGCCCUGAGCCUCCGGGACGAGGAGCCCCUCCCAGAGGACGCGGAGCAGCUGGAGGAGCUCAGCACCCAGCACGGGGUAAGUGGCCCACCCUGACUUUGUGGCCUUGGAUGCCUGUGGGCAUCUCUGGCUGGGAAUCCCUGAGGGAGAUGGAAUGAGGAUGAACCCAGCAAAUUGAAAUUUAAACCUCCUGUCCCAUGUGUGGGCGAGAAAUAUGAGAGUAAACAGGCUGUGAAGCCCUUUUUUGGCAGAGUAAAAACUCUUUUGCCACUUACUGGAAGCUAGGAAUUAGUCGAUUAUACCUUUUAUCCCAAUAUAUUUGUGGUCUGCCUACCUUUCCCCACUGUCUCCGUUGCGAAGAAUGACCCACACAUUUUAGUACAAACAAAAAGGUUUACUUACAUUUCAAUGCAGGCAGCAAAAAGUAGGACACAGGUAAAAUACGUCUUAGUUACAAAAUGCAAAAUCAGUUUCCGAAAUGAGCCCAGGCUUGUGCGGCUGCUCACAUCGCUGGCUUGAAGGAAGAGGGAGACUGAGGCAAAGAGGAAGUGGAAAAGAUGGAAAUCCUUUGUCCCAUUUCCUGCCACAGGGUGUAGGGUGUGUGACGGCACACAGACCUGUCUUCUCUAGGAAUACAGGAACUCUGUGAAUCUUAAGCCCUUUACAGGCACAUUUAACAAAUGUAAUUGUCAUUUGGACUGUAGAUUUCCCCACCACCUCAGGAGGAGGGGGCUAACUCCACCCCCACUCCUGCAGGAGUGAGACACAAAGAACUGAGGCAGCUGGAUGUGGAACCAGCCUCCCUGUGGCCCCACCUUGCAGGGAGGAGCAGCUGCCCUUUCCCUCCCCCCUUUCGUUCUCCCCCCCAGGUGUUCAUGGAGGAGCUGACCCACAAGCAGCCAGAUGUGGAGAGGGUCACCAAGAGCUGCAAGCGCAAGACAGCCCCUGAGGCGGGGGGGAUGGCCCCUGGCUCCCGCAAGCUGCCUUCUCGUAAGUGCCCCUCCCUCAAGGCCAGUGUGUGUCCCUGGAAAGAGGCCUGCAUGCUGCCUCCUCCACAAAUUUGCCCAAUGCUCUUUUCAAGGCAUCCAUGUUAGUGGCCAUUGCUGCUUCCUGCAGGGAGUUCCACAGAUUAACGCUGAUCAGUGUGAAUAAGUCCUUCCUUUUAUCUUUGCUGAGUCUUCCAACACUCAGCUCCACUGGAUGGAAGAGAGGGAGGAAGAGAAUUGGGGGGCUGGGGGGGGGCACUGCUCCACAGCCAGGCACGCUCCUCUCUUGCAGGGCGGCGCAGCACCAGGAAGCUCUCCCCCAGGGCUCGGCCUGUGCCCCUCGAGGACCUGGCGCCCCAGAGCCCCCUCCUGGCCCAGCUGGUGCAGCGCUGGCAGCAGCUCUGGCUCUUGGCCCUUGACCGCCAGUACCGGCUCCAGAACGCCCAGCAGCGCCAGCGAGAGGUAAGGGGUGGGGGCACUGGAACGAGGGGCAGCGGGGAGCCCACGGUCCUGGCUCUGCGUGGCUGGGAGAGAAAGAGGCAGCUGAGGGUGGGGCUUGAGUAGGGCGGAUGUCUGGGGGAUGCCCUCCAAUGAACCCCUUGAUGUGGGUCCCUCUGGCACCUUGAACCUUAAGCCCCAGCCUGAACCCCCUUGCAGGGUAAGAGGCCUCCCCCUCCCUCCCUCCUGACCCCACCUGGGUUGGGCAGCUGCUUAUGGGCCCCUCAUGGGGGGGGAGCUGGGUGAGAUGGGCCCCUUUGGACAGGAUCCAGCUGCAGCCAGGCCCAUCCUCUGCUGCUGCUCCCCCUCCUUCCCAUGGGUGCGUGACAUGGAUGGGGAGCGGGGGAGCCUGGCCCCGUCCCAGCAGCCCCAUCUUUCUCUCUCUCAGCUGGAGGAGUUUGCCCACUUUGACUUCUCGGUCUGGCGAAAGCGGUACAUGCAGUGGAUCAGCCAGAUGAAAUCUCGCAUCCUGGACGUCUUCCGGGGCAUUGACCGGGACCAGGACGGGCGCAUCACCCAGCAGGAGUUCAUCGAGAGCGUCCUCUCUUCCAGUGAGUGCAGCAGGGCCAAGUGCCCGGGAAGGGGCAGGAGGGGGGGCAACACCUCCCCAGUGUCAUGGACCAGCUGGGUGCAGAGGAGUGGUGCGAGGCGCCAGCCGGGGAACCCCCAGGGGAAGAAGACUCAGAGCCCAGGAAUUGGUGGUGGGACAAGGAUGCCUGGUCAGAGGGAGCAGACUGGGAGCAAGAGGCGUUGGAAGCUGAAGAGGGAACAGGGCUUAGUGAGCAGGAAGAGGCUGUGGCAGAGAGCAGUCCAGACUCAGAGGCAGGAGAGGAGGGGAGACCGGCUGCUGAAGAGUCCAGGGGGUCCCUCCCUCCUGCUGCAACCGCUGGUCUCCCAGAACAUGCAGAGAAACGGAAAGGGCAGAGGAGGAGGAGAGCUGCCACAAACCCUGGAGAGGAGGGGACUUCGGCAGCUGUGGGAAGGCGGGUGUCCUCAGUCCUUGCAACUGCCUUAUUAAGGCAAGACCUACUGGGGAAAGUUGCUGGGAUCACUGGGUCUGAGCUGUUUUGGUUCCUUUGAAUAAAGAGUUAACUGCACUGGUACCUGACCCCCAGCUGCUUUGGGACCAUUCACUUUGCCGGACCCCCAACUCAGCACACUUGGGGACAUGGCAGGACUAGUAGUGGGAUGUGGAGAGGAGACCCCUCCUCUCUGGCAGCAGCUGCUCUUUCUGACCCCCCUCCUUCCUUAGCCCCCAGUGGAGCACCCACCCAGAUGUGCCCUGAGGGCUGUCCUCCACAUUCUAGGCUCGCCAUGCCUUGUUGGUGGCAGUUCCCUGGCUUGUGGGGCUCGCCGUGUGGCAGGUGGGGCCCAAGUGUCCGGCCAGCCCCCUGCCCCCCCUCUUUCCCUCCCCAGAAUUCCCCACCAACCCGCUGGAGAUGAGUGCUGUGGCCAGCAUCUUUGACCUGAACAGGGAUGGCUUCAUUGACUACUAUGAGUUUGUGAGUGCUCUGCACCCCAGUCGGGACAUCCUGCGCAAGGCGGCUGAUGCGGACCAGAUCCAGGACGAGGUACGGCCCGGAGAGAUACUGGCCUCGGAAGAAUCAUCCGCCACUCGGUUGCAAAAAAGCAUUAAGAUGCAACUGUCAGAGGACGUUGCAAAGAGGAGUCUUCCCAGAGAGCAGGGGGUUGGGUGGGGCAAAGCCCCCCCCUCGGCCUGCCCUUAGGCCUGUCCCCCCAGCCAGCCCUUGACCCUCACCUCCUCCUUCUCUGAGAAGACCCCUCCCCACCACCACUUCCAUUUGUUUUCCAGGUGAACAGGCAGGUGGCUCAGUGCAACUGUGAGAAGCGUUUCCAGGUGGAACAGAUCAGUGCCAACCGGUACAGAGUAAGUGCUUGGCCAGGAGCCCCCUCGCCCCCCCCCCAGGACAGGGGCCUGCUGGGCUUCUGGGAGGAGGGGCCACUGUGCACUGCAUUGCGGGGGCUGGACUAGAAGGCCCCUGGGGUUCUAGGGCUCUAGGAUUCUCAAUCCAGCGGUUAGAGGAGUUGGCGCCCGCCAGGUAGCCCUCCUGCAAAGUCCCGCCAGGCCUGGGAGCAGCCAGGCAGAGGGACUCGGGUGGUUGGGGCAGAAAGCUGGACCGCUUGUCAGAAGGAAACCCCGCAAGGAGGUCUCUUGUGUCCCUCGCAGCCUCCUUCAUAGAGAGGCGGCUUUCUCUCCUCUGGCUCCUCUAGCUCACUGUGUCCCCCCCCCUUUGCAGUUUGGGGAGUCACAGCAGCUGCGCAUGGUCCGCAUCCUGCGGAGCACCCUAAUGGUGCGUGUGGGCGGAGGCUGGAUUGCCCUGGAUGAGUUCCUGGUGAAGAACGACCCUUGCAGAGGUGAGGGGCUAGGGGUGGCAGUGGGAGGGGGGCAUUUCUUCCAUGGACACCUCCUGGGCCUUUUUGGCAGGCUCAGUUGGGGGGGCAAUAGGGGGCUCUGCUUCUCCCUCUGUGGGCCAGCAGGAGGCAGAGGAGGCAAGUGGGAAACGGAUUGUUGAUUAAAAUGUAGAUCCAUUUGUGUGGACGACAUACAAAAAGUAGGGGGCUGCCAAGCCUUUUUAGCAACAUAAAACUCUUAUACAUUCUGCAGCUUACUAAGGAAUGAGGCAGUUACACUUUUUUAUCCCUUUUAUUUGUGGUCUCCUGGCCUCCCGCUCUUCACCUCCGUUGCAGAGAAUGAGCCACAUGUUUUUAGUAAGAUAAACAAAGAAAGGUUUACUUACAUUUCAGUGCAGGCAGCAUAUACAAUACAGGAAAGAAAACUUCUCAGGUACAGAAUACAAAAGUUGCCUUCAAUAUAGGCUGUGGGUGUCCAGAGCCCCCAGACGCACAUCUGGUCAUUUUGGAAGCAUGAUGGAGAGAGAGUCUCCUCAAAGGCAGUAGAAAGUAUAAAAGAUUAUCUCCUUUGUUACGGAAUUUCUGCCCAGAGGAGGCAAGAAGUGACCACACAGAGGGUCCUCUCUAGGAAGAGCACCUCUUUGUGCUCACCUGGGCUUGUCUGCCAAAACAUGUAUUUGUGAUUUGGCUGCGAACCCAACAGCUUUCAGGGACGAUGUGGGCACCCUGCCUUGUUGAGGGUCCUGGGCCCUGAGGGUGGAGGAGCCCCUCUCACUGCGGUGUCAUGUGGGAGCACCAGGCCCUGGACGCUGUGCUCCUCAUCCUGCUGGGGCUGGGGACCAGCUGAGCACCCAGCAGGCCUCUCUUUGUGCUCGUUGGCCUGGAAGCGGCAGCCUCCCCGCGCUCACCUCUUAUCCUCUCCCAGUGAAGGGAAGGACGAACCUCAAGAUCAACGAGAAAUACCUGACGUCAGACCCUGCGGGGGGCAAAGGGGGCGGCUCUCAGUCCGCAGCCCCCGCCUCCAAGGCACUGUCUCCCCCCAGCCGCUCCAAUUCCAGUCUCAGCCUCUACAGCAGUGCUUCAGCCCCCAGCAGCCCCCUCACCAGGAAGGUAAGGGGGGGAAUCUGGGGGUGGGAUGGAGGAGGGGGGAAUAUUGCACCAAAUCCUCUAGCCUGUCCCCACAAACACCUGGCUGGGGGCAUCCUUCCUCCCUCCCUUGUCCGGCUGGAGGCGCUUUGCUCUGGGGAGUCAGAGUGGCACCGCCGUCCCCGCCCUGCUCUCCUGGAAAGGCUCCCUUGUCUGGGGCUGCCACCCCCAGAGGGCAGAGGGGCUGCCCCAGCGCCUGCCCUCAUGGUAUCCCCCCUUGCAGUCUGUCCUGCGCAGGACACGCUCCGGGGAUCGGUGCCUCCACUCCCGCAGCUCUCUGGUGACGGACGGGGCGGAGCUGACCUUUGCCGGAGGAGGAGGAGCCUCUGAGGAUGGAGGAGGAGCCGGGGCGGAGCCUGAGGCUGAGCCCCCUCCAGGUGAGGAAGGAGGGUGAGGGGGGCAGGGUCUUCUCUCUAGACUAGAGGAAGCUGUUGGGCAACCCAGUCGCCCCCAUCGCCUGGGGUGGCUCAGAGGAGGCCCACUCCCCGUGGGGCAGGUUGACCCACCAGCUUGCUCCUCACCCAGCUGCUUCCUCUCCAGAAACUGAAUUUUGCCCCAUACCUGGGCGUCCGGCCCCCUACUCCCCCCCCAGUCUCCCAUUCCAAGGGCUGGGUGGGCAGGGGCCUUUGCUCUGGACAGCUGGGUGCAGCUGCCCUGGGGGAUUUCUGGGAAGGGGUCUCCAAAGGCCAGCUAGUCUAGCCCCUUGCGAUGGAGGAGUCACCACUGAAGCGUCCCUGACAGAGCUUUCCUCUUUGCCUCUCCUCCCCAGAGCCCCCCGGAGGCCCCCCGCCCUGA